AUGCUCGGCUCGGCUCGACUCUGUUCGGCUCGGGUCAGGUCAGCUCGGUUAGGGUCGGUUCGGCUCGGCUCGGCUCGGCUCGGCUCGGCUCGGCUCGGCUCGGCUCGGCUCGGCUCGGCUCGGCUCGGCUUGGCUACAGCCCACGGCACCGGCGCUUCUAGCGUUCGGCCACCAGGGGGCGGUACGGCAAGUGGCGUAUUCCUCGAGAGGAGGCUGAUUUGGGAUUAUGAGGGUCGUGGGUCAGGCCGGGGAGCCCCAGACCGCUGGGACCAGGAAACGCCGAGGUGCAUGCCCAGCCGGCUCGGGCUGCUUUCCUUCCUCCACCGCAGCCCUUUAGCUCCGCAGGGGCUCGAGGCUGAGGCCGGAACCACAGAAGCUACUGAAGUCCGGGCUCAGCCGCGUGAGUUUCCUGGGUGCCAGGAGGCCCUGGGAGGAGACGCCUCACCCUGGCACUGUGGCCGGCUCUGCCCUGCGCCGGACGCCGCCCCAGGGCUCUGUCCCUGCAGGCCCCGUACCUCGGGGACGGCUCCUUCUGCCGCGCCUCCCGCCGCACCCGUGACGCGCGGUGCUAGCCCCGCAGGCCCCACGGAGCGGGACUGGCGUGGGCUUUGCACGUUUUCCUUAGCCGGCUUCACAUCCUUGCCCAGGGCUGUAGGCGUGCAGAGUGGCAGAGGCCAGGGAGCGUCCAGACCACAGGCACAGCACCCACCGGAAAACGCCGCAGACCUCAAGACGUCUGUCAGCUUCGCAGAGAGAUGUUGCCUUCCGUGUUUCUAGCAGCACAACUCCAAGCCUCACCCAACAAAAGUGCCUUAGAAACUUCGUUCACCACAGUUCUGCACAGGGUUAGCUUCUCUGGGGCGGGGCGGUGGAGUGAGUUAGAGACAAACUGAAUAAUAAUAUCACCGGGCAUGGUGGCACACGCCUGUA